CAUUAUUUUUUUUUUAAUUUUUUGCCUUUUUAAAGUCAUAUUCUUUCCUUCCUGUUGCUUGCACAGCAUUCUUAUAUCACAAAUCCAUCUUCAAGAAUCAACCCUUUUGCUCCUUUCUUUCUCUGGUCUCCCAUGGCAACUCUUCAAGACAUUGGGGUCUCAGCAUUCAUAAACAUAGUGACUGCAUUUGCGUUCUUGCUGGCUUUUGCUCUCUUGAGAAUUCAACCAAUCAAUGACCGAGUUUACUUCCCAAAGUGGUACAUUAGUGGAGCAAGAAGCAGUCCAAGGAGGGCAGGCAAUUUUGUGGGCAAAUUUGUUAAUCUAAAUGUCAAGACUUACUUCACUUUCUUGAACUGGAUGCCUCAGGCUAUGAAGAUGUCUCAGACUGAGAUUAUUAACCAUGCUGGUCUUGAUUCUGCUGUUUUCUUGAGGAUUUACACUCUUGGUUUAAAGAUUUUUAUACCUAUGACGAUCCUGGCUCUCCUAAUUCUUAUUCCAGUCAAUGUGUCAAGUGGAACUUUGUUCUUUUUAAGGAAAGAAUUGGUUGUGAGUGACAUUGAUAAACUUUCAAUAUCUAAUGUUCGUCCUGAAUCCAUAAGAUUUUUUGUUCACAUAGCUUUGCAAUACUUGUUCACUGUAUGGAUUUGCUUCAUGCUUUACAAGGAAUAUGAUAUUAUAGCAUCCAUGAGGUUGCGUUUCUUGGCUUCGCAACGCAGGCGUGCUGAACAGUUUACUGUAGUGGUGAGUAAUGUGCCACAUGUUUCUGGGAAGUCAAAAUCAGACACAGUGGAGCAAUUUUUCAAAACAAACCACCCAAAUACCUACCUUUGUCAGCAGGCAGUCUAUAAUGCAAAUAAAUUUGCAAAACUUGUGAGAAAAAGAGAUAGGCUCCAAAAUUGGCUGGACUAUAACCAGCUUAAGUUUGAAAGGCAUCCAGACAAGAGGCCCACUCGAAAGAGUGGAUUUUUGGGAUUCUGGGGGGAAAGAGUCGACUCCAUUGACUACUACAAAAAACAAAUUGAAGAAAUUGAGAAAAGAAUGGCCUUGGAGCGCCAGAAAAUUCUCAAAGACUCAAAAUAUAUCUUGCCUGUUGCUUUUGUUUCAUUUAAUUCACGCUGGGGGGCUGCUGUUUGUGCACAGACACAACAAAGCAAGAACCCAACACUAUGGUUGACAAAUUGGGCACCAGAACCUCGUGAUAUUUACUGGCGUAAUUUGGCUAUACCAUUUGUUUCACUGAGCAUUCGCAAGCUUAUAAUAUCUUUGUCAGUGUUUGCUUUGGUGUUCUUUUACAUGAUUCCCAUUGCUUUUGUGCAAUCCCUUGCAAAUUUAGAGGGUCUUGAAAGAGUUGCUCCUUUCCUCAGGCCGGUAAUAGAGUUGGAAUUCAUCAAGUCAUUUCUUCAGGGUUUCCUUCCUGGUCUUGCUCUUAAAAUCUUUUUGUACAUUCUACCUACAAUUUUGAUGAUAAUGUCAAAAAUUGAGGGAUACAUUGCAGUUUCAACUCUAGAACGAAGAGCAGCAGCAAAGUAUUAUUAUUUUAUGCUGGUUAAUGUAUUUUUGGGGAGCAUUGUUACUGGUACAGCUUUUGAGCAGCUACAUUCUUUCCUUCACCAAUCACCAACCCAGAUUCCUAGAACAAUUGGAGUUUCAAUUCCAAUGAAGGCUACUUUUUUCAUUACUUAUAUAAUGGUUGAUGGGUGGGCUGGUAUUGCUGGUGAGAUCCUUCGAUUGAAACCAUUGGUCAUAUUUCAUCUUAAGAACAUGUUUUUGGUAAAAACAGAAAGAGACAGAGAGAAGGCAAUGGACCCUGGUAGUGUGGACUUCCCAGAGACUCUUCCUAGUCUCCAAUUGUACUUCCUUUUGGGCAUUGUCUAUGCAGUGGUUACUCCGAUCCUGCUUCCUUUUAUACUAGUUUUCUUUGCCUUGGCGUACUUGGUUUACCGCCAUCAGAUAAUUAAUGUCUACAAUCAACAAUAUGAGAGUGCUGGCGCAUUCUGGCCUCACGUUCACAGCCGCAUAAUAGCAAGUUUAUUGAUUUCUCAACUUCUGUUGAUGGGCCUGCUGAGUACAAAAAAAGCUGCUAAUUCCACUCCUUUGCUAGUUAUCUUGCCCAUAUUAACAUUAUCCUUCCACAAGUACUGCAAGAGUCGCUUUGAGCCGGCAUUUAGAAAGUAUCCACUUGAGGAAGCCAUGGCUAAAGACUUGUUAGAUCGGACCACGGAACCUGAUAUAAAUUUGAAAGCAUACUUGGCCGAUGCUUACUUGCACCCCAUCUUCCAUUCAUUCGAGGAAGAAGAGUUAGUCGAGGUCAGGGUGGACAAAUACCAAUCACGCGUUGCCAGUGCUCCGACCAGUGAACUUAGCUCGCCCUCUCCACCACAUCAAGUCCAUCAUCCUUCUUCCCCACCACAUGUAUAUCAUCCACCACCUGAACAUAUAUAUCAUCCUUCCUCCCCACCUCAUUAUGCUUAUCACCCAUCCUCCCCACCUCAUUAUGCCUACAACUAUGAAAAUGAAAGUUGAACAACUGUUUAUUUCAAGUUUUUUCAACCACUUACAACUGUUAGAGAUAGUGUUCCUUUGGGUUGUAAUUAUGGGUUCGGAAUGCUUUUCUUGAAAUAUACUUGGAAUUUCAGUCAUGCUAGGUUCUGUUGUUCGGUUCUUAGGAGAACCGCAAGGAAAUUUAGAAAAUUGCAUUGGCUAAUUACUUUGUAUCACGGUUUCAAGAAAUUUUUUUUAAUUUUUAAUUUUUAUUUUUUCUUAUGUAAUAUGUUUGACCAGGUCUUUUGGAGUUGUUGUAUAAAGCAUUUGAUAUGUUCAUUUUUCAUCGGCGUCUUGCCGACGGAAGUAGAGAAUUGCGUCUUCUUCUU